GAGAUUAAAUUCUUAUGCAUUCUUAUCAUUUUUUAGAACGAUUUAUCUCUUGAUUUUUUUUUUAUAUAAAUAUGACAAUGCAAUGUGAAGUUGGGCAUUUACAUUUUGGUCAAUUUAGCAUGUAGUAAAAAUAAACUAGCAUGAAUAGUAUCUUUGUGUGACAUUGAAUGGUAAAAGAAACUUCUUCAAGAGUUUUAAGGAAAACUCAAUCGUUGUCAAAAGAAAUUAAAUCAAGAAAUGUGGAAUACAAAUCAUUAAAUGCAAGUUAAACUUAAAUCUUCAUCAGCAGAAUUGCGAACAGUCUGCAAUUGAACUGCAAAUGUGACUUGUCAUUAAAACAAGGAGACAUUAACCAUGUGGAUCUUUUGUGCAUUGAUUGGACUCUUUCAACUUGUAAUCCUAUUGAUGUUAUCUGGUAUUCUGUUUUCCGUUGCUGCCGUUUCGCGUUUGAUGGAAAUAACAAUUAUUUUGAUAUAUCCUACAACUGUAUUUUUGUUGAGACAGUCGGCGAAUUUAAUCAUUCUUCUAACAAUCCUGACGGCAAGACUGACGUCAUCGGCAUUUCAGAAACUGUGCGCACUUGUUAAAUGUGAUCAGUAUCUAGUUGAUCAGUUGGAAAGAAUUCCUCAACGAGAAGGAAUUUCUACAUCGCCGGAAAUGCCUCAGUUUCUUGAUACGCAAACUCCUUUCGUGCCAUAUAAGAAAACCAUUCUUGAAGAAAUACCAGAAGAUAUUUUGCCUUCAAAAGACGAAUUUUCUACUACAUCAUCAGCAGAUGAGGCUCCACUAGGUAUUAUCGAGCCUCCACCGGAUCAAUCACAGGAUAAUAAAACCAAUGAAACCUGAGUCAACAACAUGCAAGAAUACGAUUGAUUGCUGAUAAAAAAAUGGAUUAUUGAUAGAAAUAUUUGAUUGAAUAUUUGUAUAAAGAAAAUAUUUUAUACAAAAACGAUUUUUUAUAUA